AUUCAUCCCCUCUUUCCCCUCCCCCACCCUGAGUAAUGGCAGCACCCAUCAAAGCAGCCUUGGGACGGACGGCGUUCGUGACUGGCGGUGCGCAGGGUAUCGGCCGUGCCAUUGCGACUCGGCUGGCGAGGGACGGCUACGACAUCUCCAUCGCUGAGAUACCCCAAGCGAAGGAUAGGCUGGCAAAUACCAUCAAGGAGAUUGAGAGCUACGGGCGCAAGGCCAUUGGAGUCUUCGCAGAUGUUCGGGAGGCGAAGCAGGUGUACGCCGCCGUAGAGGAGACCGUCGACCGGCUCGGGCCUACACUCUUCGUCAGCGUCGCGAACGCCGGCGUGACCCAGGUCAAGCCCCUUCUGGAGUGCACACCAGAGUUUAUCGAGAACGAAGUCCGCCUUAACCUGCUUGGGCUGAUGAACACGCACAUUGCGGCUGCGAAGCAGAUGGUGAAGCAAGGUUUCGGCGGUCGCAUCCUCGGUGCCGGCUCAAUAGCGUCGUAUCGCACGGCCGAGAACCUUGGACCCUACGGCGCCACCAAGUUCGCCGUCCGUGGUUUCACCGAGGCAGCAGCGAAGGAGUGGGCUCAAUACGACAUUCGCGUGAACGCCUAUGGCCCGGGCAUCGUCGACACUCCUAUGUGGGACCACAUCGAUCGGGAGCUGGCGAAGAUCGAGGGGAUCUCAAUAGGAGAGGCGAAAGCCCUGCGCAUCAAGCGUGAUGUGAAGCUCGGUCGCAUACAGCAGCCCGAAGACGUAGCCAAGCUCGUGUCGUUCUUGGUCUCAGACGAGGGAGAGUACAUCACCGGCCAGACAAUCAAGACUUGUGGUGGUGCAUCUUUGUGAUCAUUUCAUCCUUUCUGUUAGGGUUAAGAGGGAUCAUUGCAGGUUACAUUGGAUAUAGACUUGCAUAAGCGCAUGGAAUUUCGGCCUCCUCGGCUGUUGACAUUUUCUUCUGAAGGAUAACAUCUAACUCGGGUUUCAGUGGGUUCCGAGGACGUUGGGAGCAGCGGUCCGGGUCCGCGACGAGCUCUCUGACUUUACGAAUUCGUCACUCUCGACUGUGGCAAUAACAUCCAAACAACAGCUCCAGAGCUAACGAUGUUUGGUAGCACAUCCAGCCGAGCGAUGGGCUUAUUCCAUGGCCACAUAUGCACCGGUGGCAACGUGGCUCGAUGAACUUGGUGAAGGAUAUAGAUCGACGGGUCUCCCACUUCCUGCCCCACUGCAUAGUAUAGAGCUCAGGUUUGGCUUGAUGCUAUCUGAGCCUCACCUCAG